AUGGGCAAGGGAACGGAUAAGCUCUACAUUACACACUCCGAGUGGGCAUCAGAGGAUGCAUAUUCAGCCAGCGCCGGCGCCGGCGUAGGGCAAUCGAGAAGAGGCGGACCAAAUGCCGCCUUCAAACGUCUUCCAUUCAACUUCUGCUCCUUGUCACUCCAACCUUUCUCGCAUCCAGUCUGCACACCGUCGGGGACGAUAUUUGACCUAACCAACAUCAUUCCCUGGAUAAAGAAGCAUGGCACGAAUCCCGUCGACGGAACACCCCUCAAGAGCUCCGAGCUCAUCAAACUCAACAUUGCGAAGAACGAGUCGGGCGAGUACGUCGAUCCCGUUACCUAUAAAGUCUUGACGGAUAAUACACACAUUGUUGCUUUGCGCAAUACGGGCAAUGUAUUCGCUUGGGAUACGGUGGAGCGAUUGAAUAUCAAGGGGAAAUUGUGGCGCGAUCUCGUUACAGACGAAGAAUUCAGCCGCAGGGACAUCAUCACGCUACAAGACCCGCAAAAUGUUGAGUCGCGGAAUCUCAGCUCGUUCACCUAUUUGAAAGAGGGAGAGAGCGGAUUGACUGAUGAGCAAAUACGGGAACGAGAUGACCCAUCCAACAAUGUCAACGUGAAUGCGCUGGGAAAUGCCGCAAAGAUCUUGAAGGCAAAGGAAUCUGUGGCCAAAGCCCGCGCUGAAAGGGCCCAGCGCGCUGAGUCGGCUGCCGGCGCCAAAGGAUUGACGAAAGUCGGAGGCGGUACUGGCGCCGCAUCAUCUCAGAAGACAGUUUCGCACCCAUCCGGAAAACCGGUUCCGUAUAAUGCCGCUCGGCACACUACUGGUCUGGCUGCUGCGUCAUUUACCAGCACCGGAAUGACACCGCACACCUCAGCUGACCUUGCGCUGCUCUCCGAUGAGGAAUAUAUGCUGAAACGUGGACGGGUGAAGCAGAAGGGUUAUGCUCGGAUCUCGACUACUGCCGGAGACGUCAACCUGGAACUGCAUACUGAGUAUGCUCCUAAGGCAGUGUGGAACUUCAUUAAGCUGGCCAAAAAGGGUUACUACAAAGAUGUGACAUUCCAUCGCAACAUUAAGGGAUUUAUGAUCCAAGGUGGAGAUCCCACUGGCACUGGUCGAGGAGGUGAGAGUGUUUGGGGCAAGUAUUUUAAUGACGAGUUCGAGGGUCCUCUGAAGCACGAUUCACGAGGCACUCUCAGCAUGGCCAACAAAGGCAAAAACACCAAUAGCAGUCAGUUUUUUAUUGCGUACCGUGCCUUACCCCAUCUGAACAAUAAACAUACCAUUUUCGGCCACGUAAUAGACGACCCAACGCCCUCGUCUGCAACCCUCGACAGGAUGGAGACUCAUCCAGUCAAUGCCACGACCAACAGACCCACCCCCGACAUCCGCAUAACUGACGUGACUGUCUUCGUGGAUCCCUUUGAAGAGUUCCUCAAGCAGAAGCAGGCAGAAGAGGCUAAGGGCUCAAAUGCUCCGGACGAGACCAAGACGAGCCAGCAGGUCGAUGAUGACCGGGUUACAUGGACGGGAAAGCGAGUCCGAGGACCAGGUGCAGCGGCCGGGGGCGAAAGUUCAACUGGGGGAGUAGGGAAGUAUCUCAAGGCUGCACUGGCCAACCAGACCCAGCCGGAAGAAGACGAGAUUGUCGAAUUUGUGGAUGAGGAGCCAGAACCAGAACCCGUGCGGAAGAAGUUCAAGGGAGGUGGCUUCGGUGACUUUAGUUCUUGGGAUUGA